AUGAUAGUAGAGAAGUUCCUAGUUCGCCAGUUAGGUCUGGGGUCUAGUUGGCGAAGUAACCCAAGUCUUGACACUUACACAUUUUCACACAGCCUUUGUUGCAUCUUCUUUCCCAUUCUUUUGCUGUUUUUCAUCGCUAUGGCUUUCUGUGGUCAACUGCGAUUGAUGUUAAGAUUUUGGCUGCUUAUUUUUUCUGUCAGGCUUGUAUCUGCUGUCUGUAGUGUUCCUCCUAUCCCUAUACGCAUUGGAAAUGUGACGUUGUCUACAGGAGAGACAGCACGAGGGCUAGAUCUGUCGGUUGGAAGUCCAGAACAGCAUUUUGCCUUCCUCCCUCAAUGGCCACUAAACAAUUCGUUCAUCUAUGGAACAAAUGGAUUCUGCAGUAACAGUUGGUCUACCGCGGCUUGCACAACAUUCCGUGGUGGCUCAUACGACGAGUUUGCAUCGAAAAGUCGCGGCGUGCCGACCGCUGAUACGUACCCCUCCGACGACUCUCCAUAUCCUCAACUAGCCAUGGUAUCCGAUAACAUAACCUUGAGUUCAAAUGUUAGCGUUCUUGAUUUUCCCAUCGGAAUUGCCGAUGCAGACUGGGGAGAACAAGGUUAUAACCCACAGAUGGCCAUUGGGCUUGGUACAAACUCGACGAUCCUGAACACCCUUUAUUCGUCAGGCCAAAUCGCAUCUCGCACGUGGUCCAUGUUUUGGGGCCGAACUGGGGCGACAGCAGCGACUCAAUUAGAUGGAAGUUUUGUCUUCGGGGGUUACGAUCGUGCGAAAGUUACCGGAUCCAAUUAUACUCGUAGUCUUUCGUAUUCGAAGACAUCUUGCUCUUCCGGCAUGCUUGUCACCAUUACGAAUAUAGUACUAAACUUUUCAAACGGAACUGACGCUAGUUUAUUCGCCGGAGUUGAAUCUGCCGCUAUGCAAGCAUGUAUUCAACCAAGCUUCCCCGUUUUAAUGACGAUUCCAACCACUCCUUAUUUCAUCAAUUUUGAGGGACUCACCAAUCAAACCAUAACUGACAGGUCAUUUGGAAGGUACUACUAUGGUAUGCUUUAUGGCAAUAACUCAAGCCCUUACACUGGUGACUUUACCAUCACGUUGGACUCUGGAAUUUCUGUCCGUAUACCGAACGAUCAACUUGUGGUUCCCAAUCUCACAAUAGAUCACACGUCAGGCGCUAUGGUUGCAAAUGUGUCAGAACCCGAACUCGUUCUCAAUGCAAUUCAAUCUAUAAAUGCCAACGAUCUACCACAGCUAGGGCGACAGUUUCUUUCCGCCGCUUACCUGAUGUUAAACCAAGAUGCAAAUACGUUCACACUUUGGCAAGCCAAUCCUACCCAGAACGAAGAUCUGGUGGCCGUUGAUCGCAGCAACAAUCUCAUAGACGACUUUUGCACUUCACCGUCUACACCAAAUAACAAUAGUGCUGACGGUGAUACUGGAAGCCCAAGUGGUGUUCCCAUCUCAUCUAGUACCCCAUCCAGUACUUCGACUGCAAACAGUCAAAAGUCUGGAAAGGUAUCGACGGGGGUUAUUGUGGGUGCAGUUAUUGGAUCUGUCGCUGUGAUUGCCAUUAUCGGAGGAAUCAUCAUCAUUUGGCGUAUCUCUCAAAGGAAGAAAAACAAUCUCAUCGCCGCAGCUGCAGUCGCCGCCAGUAUUUCCGAGAAACAUCUACCGACAUAUCCAGAAAAUCAUCAGAGCCAGAUCCAAAUUCCCCACUUCAUUCCCCAGGAGUUGCAUGCUAAAACGACUCCUGCCAGCCAACCACAAGAAAUGCCUUGA